AUGCGCUGCCUCAACACCGGCUCCUCUUACACAUCCGAAGACAUAGAAUGGUCCUGCACCGCCUCCCUGCCCCCCACCCUCCGCCUCGACAGGACAGAGGUUAUUUGCGAGGGGUACGAUUCCCCGGAUGACCCUUAUGUCCUAAAAGGGAGUUGCGGGGUGGAGUACACUUUACAGCUCACCGAUCAAGGCAGGCAGGAACACCCUGGUUUGUACUUCAAACCGGGUCUGUUGAUGAACGACAAGAAUGAAACAGAUUGGGGGGGUGUACUCUUCGGAAUCAUUUUUGUCGGAGUGGUGGUGUGGAUUAUCUGGGGGGCCUGGAGGGGGGCGAGGGAUAAUACUGCCAAUGGGCAGAGGAGACAACCACGGACAGGAGGGGGUUACGGUUCGGGGUGGGGGGGUAACAACGAUGACGAUGACGAUCCGCCUCCUCCUUACCCUGGUUCUGGUUCAGGAAGGGGGGCUAGACGCCCGAAAACAACGAGUUCGAGUUCCAGACAGCCACAACAGCAGGAACAGGGCUGGCGGCCGGGGUUUUGGACGGGGCUGGCGUCGGGGGCGGCGGGGGGGUAUAUGGCUGGGCAGAGGAGGGGGAAUAAUUCCAGUGCUUUCGGGGGGUAUAACAACAGCAAUUAUGAGGACAACUACCGCGGCGGGUCGAGCAGGUUUGGAGGUGGGGGGAGCGGUUGGGGCGGUGGUGCUGCUGGACCGUCGAGGUCGUCUGGCUCGGGGAGUUCUGGACCAAGUCAUGAAAGCACUGGGUAUGGGUCUACUUCGAGAAGAUAG